AUGCCACCCGGUCGGAUCCCCCCCGUCUCGAACUCCCCCGGCAAAAUCCAGCUGGAACGCCUUAGUCACGUCUACUUCGGUCAUGCAGAUUUGAACAAGUUCGAUGCCUUUGCACGCGACUUUGGAUUUGAAGAGGCCGGUCGCACUGAAUCGGCGAUCUACUACCGCGGUUGGGGAAGGGACGCUUGUACCUAUGUAGCCCAUCAAGCCGGCGUUAAUGGCCAUGAAGCAGGAUUUGGAGGUGCUGCAUUUAUAGCCCAGUCUGAGAAAGAUUUCAUCAAGAGCACAUCCUUACCCGGGGCAUCAGCGGUACAGGAAAACCCCGCUCCGGGAGGCGGGAAGAUGGUCAGCAUUGCAUCCCCGUCGGGCUCGAUCAUCCAUGUCAUUUGGGGACAAGAGGAUCGCUCGGUGCCAAAGGCGCCAGUCAGCAGCACAGAAGUCCAAAAGGGACCCUAUAAUACGACGCUUGUCAAGGCGCGGAAAGGUAUGAGACAUCACCCCCUCCACACGAACAACAAGUCUGACAUAGAAACAAGGGAAUUUCAACGCUUCAAACUGGGCCCAGCCAUGAUCCAUAAACUCGGGCACUACGGUUUCCUCUCCCGUAUGUUCGACGAGGACAUUGCAUUCUUCACCGGCAACUUCAACUUCGUCCCAUCGGACAUCCUCUACGAGGAGAUAAAGGAUCAGGGCGAAGUCGAUACACUGACUUUCAUGCAUCUCGAUCGUGGCCAAACUUACACAGACCAUCACACCCUCUUCCUCUCACGCGUGCCCGCUUCAUAUUCGAAACCUUAUCAGAUUCACCACUGUUCCUUCGAAGUAGAGGACUUUGACACCCAACUCCUGGGUCACGAACACCUGCUCAGCAAGGGAUACAGUCUGGUCUGGGGCGUGGGGCGACAUAUCCUGGGGUCGCAGAUUUUUGACUACUGGAAGGAUCCCAGCGGUUUUACCAUUGAGCACUAUGCGGAUGGUGAUGUAGUGAACAUGGACAAUCCCACGGGGCGGAUGAAGAGUGAGGGGGCAGCCUCUAUGUAUAUCUGGGGUCCUAUUCGGCCGGAAGGUGGGGUUGCUGGUUGA